AGUGUGUCUGUGUCCGCCCGUCUCUGCGCGGCGCGCGGCCCGGCGAGCGCUGGGGAGGCGUCACCCUGUCCCCACCACCACCCCGCGGAGCCGCUUCCGAGGGGAGCAGACCCGGCCUCUCGCCGGGCGGAGAAGAUGUUGCCCCUGUCCAUCAAGGACGAUGAGUACAAACCACCCAAGUUCAAUCUGCUCGGCAAGAUCUCGGGCUGGUUUAGGUCUAUCCUGUCCGACAAGACGUCCCGGAACCUGUUUUUCUUCCUGUGCCUGAAUCUUUCUUUCGCUUUUGUGGAACUCCUCUACGGCAUCUGGAGCAACUGCUUAGGCUUGAUUUCCGACUCUUUUCACAUGUUUUUCGAUAGCACUGCCAUUUUGGCUGGAUUGGCAGCAUCUGUUAUUUCAAAAUGGAGAGAUAAUGAUGCUUUCUCUUAUGGGUAUGUUAGAGCGGAAGUUCUGGCUGGCUUUGUCAAUGGCCUAUUUUUGAUCUUCACUGCUUUUUUUAUUUUCUCAGAAGGAGUUGAGAGAGCAUUAGCCCCUCCAGAUGUGCACCAUGAGAGACUGCUUCUUGUUUCAGUGCUUGGGUUUGUGGUAAACCUAGUAGGAAUAUUUGUUUUCAAGCAUGGAGGUCAUGGACAUUCUCAUGGCUCUGGACAUGGACAUAGUCAUUCCCUCUUUAAUGGUGCUCUGGAUCAAGCACAUGGCCAUGGAGAUCAUAGUCAUAGUCAUGGACCAAAGCAUGGUGCUGCACAUAGCCAUGAUCAUGCUCAUGGACAUGGACACUUUCAUUCACAUGAUGGUCCCUCACUAAAAGAAACAACAGGACCCAGCAGACAGAUUUUACAAGGUGUAUUUUUACACAUCCUAGCAGAUACACUUGGAAGCAUUGGGGUAAUUGCCUCUGCCAUCAUGAUGCAAAAUUUUGGUCUGAUGAUAGCGGAUCCGAUUUGUUCAAUCCUGAUAGCCAUGCUCAUAGUUGUAAGUGUUAUUCCUCUUUUAAGAGAGUCUGUUGGAAUAUUAAUGCAAAGAACUCCUCCCCUGUUGGAAAAUAAUCUGCCUCAAUGCUAUCAGAGGGUGCAGCAGUUGCAAGGAGUUUAUAAUUUGCAAGAACAGCAUUUCUGGACCUUAUGUUCUGACGUUUAUGUUGGGACCUUGAAGUUAGUGGUAGCACCUGAUGCUGACGCCAGAUGGAUUUUAAGCCAAACACACAAUAUUUUUACUCAGGCUGGAGUGAGACAGCUUUAUGUACAGAUUGACUUCGCAGCCAUGUAAUGAAUAAAAAGAAAUUAUGCUUUUUGGGGGACCUAAUUUUUCUGGUACUGUACAAUCCAAAACAUUGUACCCAGCUUUUUAAAAUAGAGAAAUCAUCACUACAACUCCCUAGUACCAAGUAGACCAGGUAGAGUCAGCCAUUUGUACUCUGCCAGGACCUCACAACUAAGGGAUCAGAAUUAACAGGAUCUUUCCUGGACUUCCGGCCUUGUCUUUUGUACACUUCCCUUCAAAUCCUUUUCAUUUCUGAGCUUUUAUUCCAGGGUGUUGUUUUUUCCUUUUUUUUUUUUUUUUUUUUCCAUUUUAAAUGUGCCCUCACUCCCAUCCCUCAUCCUCGCCAGCAAGAAAUUCAAAUUGUAGGUUUCCGAUCACCUGGAAUGUCUUCACUGAAACUGCUGGAAACCACUACUUUCAUUCCCACAAAACCAGUGUUAUUCGAAAAAAAUACACCAGAAAUCUGUUUUAUAUGUAAUGUCACAGUUUGUUGACGUUCUUCAGUAUAAUCAUAUGUUUGUAAAAUUGUUUGUACCUUGCAAACUUAUGAACCAAACCAUAUUGGGUUUUCAAAGUGCCUUUGUAUCAGAAAAUGUAUGUGCCAGCAUAGAAUUGUACCAUCACAGGUAAUAUGUGUUUUGUUUUUUUAAUGGAUAUUCUGUAAUCUGUAAAAAAUAAGACUCUUGUUAGUAAUGUAUACAGGUUGUCUUUCAUGUACUUCCAGCCUAGGGUUAGAGAUGUGAAAUUUUUCCUUUUAUCAAAAAUAAAAUGUGUUAUUUUGCUUUUGAAAUCAGAUUCAACUUUCACAUUUUAGACUUUGUGGACUGUGCAUUCAAACCUUUGCAAAUGCAUCUGUUAUAAAGACAGUCGACUUCCUUAAAUCAUCCACUAAAUUCCAAAUUUCUAUAAAGCCUAGUGUGUCUGUGAAAAGCGUUUCUCUCUCCUUGCUGUUUUUAUGGAUUUUAUUAAUAGAAAGAAAAAGCAGUGUAGACGAAAGGCAGAAAUAGUUGUGACAAUGUUAUUUUUCUUUUUUAUUCUUCAAAAUGCCAUGUCAUGCAAUUUGUUUUUCUGUGCAAAUAUUGCACAAAUACAUUUGCUUUCAGGAAUCCUAAAGCAAUCUUUUCAUUGAAUUCAAACUAUUGAAGUUACGGAACAAAUGUGGUAAUAUGGAACUCUUCUAACACAGGUAUCUUAGAAAUUAAUAAGUUGAUUUCUAGGUUCUUGUGUAUUUGAAAAAUAAAAUUGCAAUUUGAGAUGACAAAUGUUUUGAACAUUCUACUCAAAUGUUCUUGAUGUUUUACAAAGAAAUAUUGAUCUGCAUAAACAUCUCCCCAUUGUACUUCAUUUCAUCACUGUGUAUAUUCCCUUUUAACUUUAAAAAAAUGAAACUGUUGGGGAAAAACCCUGCAGUAUGGAAAUGAUUGUUUAGAAUGUAGGUUAAUCAUAAGCACCCUUUCACUGACAGGGCAGAAAUCACUGUUAAUUUCAAGCUAUCUAUUUCCCGACUUCCAACCUGCAAUUUAUGUACACCAUAUAAGGAAACUAGACCACUUUAUGCUUUUCUAAACUCUUGCAGAUUGUAGCGAACUGUGAACGUUCUUCCUUUUGCAGAUUAAGUAGUGUUUUCAGAAGAUUUCUACUUACUGCCAGACAAUUCUAAAACUGAGAAUUCCCAUAGUAAAAUUUACUUAAAUAAAUGAAACAAGUGUUGAGAUAUUUCAGGAGGAAAGUAUAAAAAAAUUACAAGUCCUGAUAAUGGUAUUGUUUUUUCCUUAUAAGUAUAAUAAGUCAUUUGGGAGUUUGCAACCACUACCAAGCCUGAUAGAACCCUGGAAUGUUGCAUGGGUUUUGGCAUGUUAGAGAAAACAGCAAGUUAAGAUGAAGGCAGGGAUUUUGAAUGUGUGCCUUUAAAAACUAAUUAUGUGUAAUAUUACUGAUAUUUCGUGUGGAAAUAGUAUUUGCACUGGCCUGUAAAGUUCAACAAUGCAGUUUGAAGAUCCAGUUCAGCCUUUCACUGAGCAGCCCUCCAUUCAAAGUGAAGCUUUUGUCAAAAGAUGCAUCACUUUAUCUUUGUAUUCUCAAAACAUAAGGGCAUGAGUGUGUUUUUGUAGCAUGUAUAGAGUACUUGGCUGAUGGAACUCUAAUUUUGUCACUGUUAUAGGAGAUUGCUAAUUUAUAUCAUUUAGCAGGUUGGCAUUAACAUUUAUGCUUUAGUUAAAUGUUCUUAAUUAAGCCUGUGUCUGCAGCAGUAAAAAAUUGGAGAAAAAUGUUACUUUUUUUCUCACUCUUAGGAUAUACUUUUGUUACAUUCAAGUUCUUGGCACAAAUGUACUGCUAAAACACAUGGUUUCAAUGAGAAAUACUAUGUGAUUAUUGCUAUAAAAUAAAUCUAGAAUGUCCCUGCUGGUCUAACUUGUCAAAAAAAAAAGUAUAAUUUUGCUCAUAUUUUAAAAAAUAAAAUAUUCUCUGGAGAACACAUUUCUUAUUGCUCAGGGUAAGUUUACCUUGCCAAGUAAAUUUCCCCAAAGAGAAAUAUAUCUAUUUAUUUGUGUGUUUUUAAGUCUGGAUUUUAUGAAUCAAGAUGAAAGGGCUUAAAAUAUGUACAACUUCCUUAUUUUGCUGCCUCUCUGUGUACCUUUAUGAAAGACAGUGUCUAAUUAAUCUAUAGCUCAGUGUUACUCUGUCAUUUGCAUAAGCAUGAGUGGUAACAUGUUACUGGCAUUGUGAUUUUCCUUCUUUUAAGAAUACUUCAGCAUUUUUCAAAGCCUACACUUACAAACCAGUUACCAAAAUACUGUGACUUUGUGUAUCCUUGGAAAGCAGCUAAAUCAUUGAUUCCAAAUCAGCUGGUCAUAGUUCUAUAAUGUCUUAUCUACUUAGAAUAAGCCAUUUUAUAGUGAUUGUUAAUGUGGUAGCAUCCUGUUAUAUAAUAGUGGGCUUUAAGAACAAAAAUAUUUCCUUGCCUAACAUAGAAUUUUACAUCUAAGGAGACUGCUUUACAUCAAAGCAGUUUUGUUCUACCUCUCAUUUUACUGAUGAGAAAAUUGAAGUCCAGAAAAGCUGUCAUUUACUCAAGGUCACCGAGAUAAUUAGUGGCAGAGCCAAAAUUAGAAUCCAGAUCUUCUGAAUCCAAGUGGAAAGUUCUUUCUACUCUACUAUGUUGCCUCUCCCAUGUAGUAUUUGCCUUUCUGUAAAUGUGACAAAAAGCAUUUGUAAAUAAAGGACAGCUGACCUCCAUUUUUGGUAUACUAAGGCACUUUACAAAUGGAUUUUUAUUGUCUCAUUUCUCAUAUCUAAUUAUGAGGCUUAGCAUAUUCCAUAAUCUUUAUGGAAGAUGUAAUUUUUAUACUCUUUUUUUUUUUUAACAUUUUUACCCUUGUGAAAAGUUCCUGUUUUUUUUUUUUUUUUAAAUGAUGACUUCUGUGCAUUGAAUACUUAUAACCUGAGUGAUUUUUUUUUUUUCUUCUGUUAAUUGCCCAAGGCUAAAUCCAAUUUACGGAUUGCAUAGUUUCUUUAUUUUGUUUAAAUUCUGUGAACAAGUACUUUUUUAGAAACCAGGCUAAUUCACAGGUCAUACCAUUUCAGUUUUGCUACUGUAGUUUUCAGUCACUGGAGAAUUUUUUCGUUUCUAAGAUUAUCUGCAGAGCCAUGUAAAAUUGGGCAUUAAGUGUUAAAAAGAACAAAUCUUUUAAUUCAGCAGAGUAAAAUUUGAAGUCUUUACAGAAUCCCAGAUGCUAAAUGUGCGACUUUCAGUUUUUCAUAAGAGCAUUACCUUGAGAAAGUAAACUUUUUUCUUUGUCAUAAUUUUUAAAACAAAUUAUUUUCCAAUUUACAAGAAGUUUGGCAAAAAGGGAAAUUAUUUCUUUGAAAAGCAUUCAUUAAGAGUUCCUUCAAUGGAAGAUUGUUUCAAAAUCCGAUUCCCCUCAAAGCCUUUGUGAUCCAGAUCUCUACCAUAGACUCAAGAUUAAAUACAAUGACGAAUUACGUAUCAAGAAAGUAUUUGCAGAGUAGUUCCAUGUAAAGGCCAAGUAAAUGUAAUUCUUUUUGAUGAGGGCAUCUUUGGUUUCUGUUGAACAUUUCCUAAUUCCAAAUUACAUGGAAAAAUGGGGUUUAUUAACCUUUAUUAAGUAUGUGCCAGGCUUUGUAUGACCUUUUUCAUGUUACCACAUUUAAAAUCCUCCUUAUUUCUAUAAAGAAUUUUGCAUGAUUUUAUAAUUGACAAGGCAUUUUCAAACACAUUUUCUCUUCUGGUUUUCCUUUUAUCCUUUUGAAGAAGGAACUUCUAACCCUAUUUAAGAGAUGAUGACACUGAUGGGAGAGAAUUUAAAUGAUUUGCCUAGGGGAGAGCCAGCAGUAGAGCACAGACUUAAUCUAGCACAUUUUUUGAGGACUGUUCUGUUUUCUAAGUCAUUCUACAAUGAUUUAAAGCUCUGAUAAGUUGUAGCCAAUUCGCCUGUAACAUCAGUGAAUGAUCACCAUGACAGAAUUGAUAUGGGAGAACAGUUAUUAUUUAUAUUGUUUAGAUUUAUUUUUUCAGUGCUCUUUAUGCUUAUUUCCUACCUUUACCCUUUGAACUUAAAUUGUGCAAGCUAAAAAGAGCAAUCAGACUCCUAAUGCACUUUUUUUUUAAGUAGCAAGUUUUAUUAAUACAGAGUCUCAAGCUGCUUAAAAGGGACUGACUCAAAAGAUAGAGAAACAACUCCUGGCCAAAAGAUAGUAACUAAGUUUAUUAAGGAGUUGUCUUCUAAGAAAUAAAAAUAAUUUUAUGCUAUAUGAGAGAUUAUAGGAUUUGACUGACAUAGAUAUUUUUGCAAAAGGAAGAAGUCUGUACUUAAUGUCUGACUGAACUCUUACCGUGACUGAAGAUAUAAUUUUGAUCAUGAUGUUAUCAAGAUUGUUUAAAAAAAAAAGUAUUUGUUUCAUGCAUUCCCUUAUCCUAAAAUAGCAUGAAUUUAUAUUACAUGCUUGACAAAUGUUUGGUUAACUAUUGAGUAAAUGUUGUAGUUAGUAGUGGAUACAAACAUAAGCGUUGGGGACAGGUAAAACCAAUAAUUUGCAAUUUGUUACAGAAGACAUCUCAGCUUUUCUUUGGCAUUUUUGCACAAAUAGGGGACUUUUUGGUCUGUCUUUCUUUUCAAGUAGCCCUGUGAGCUAGUCAUUCAUUUUAAUACAGUAACAAUGGAGGUAUAGAGAUGCUUGCAUGUUGGACAGGAUUUUGGCAGAGCUGGGUCUGUGGGACCUGGUCACUUGAAUUUUUGUAUUCUGUAUAUCUCAGUGAGGAACCACAUUAUCUCCUAUUUCUAGGGAAAAUUGCCAUACUUGUAUUACUUUAAAGACCUCUGUAUAACAUGUCUUGUCAUUGAACCCCAGGUAAUUGUCAUCUUAAGCCCACAGUUAUUUCUUGAAGGUGCUUCUAUUAAAAAAAAAAAAAAAAAAAAACACUAUCUGUAAGUGAUUUAAAAUAUCCCAGGAUAGUUUGCUUUUUUUCUUUUUCCCCUCUAAAUACUAAAUGUUAGUGGAACUUUGCUAUAUUUAUUGACUUAUAUUUUAUCUUUACAUUGCUGCUGCCACUGUAAAACUUUUCCCAUUUUAUUAGUGGAGGACAAAAGCUUGAUUUUGAAUUUUAACAUUUGAAUUGUGUUUAUAAUGCAUCAUUUAGCUUCACUGAAGAUUCUAUAAUUAGCUAGAUAUAUCCUUUUAAGAGUUCACCAAGUAAUCCAUUUCUUCAGGUAAUAACAUCAAAUUCAGUGACAUUUCUGCCUGAGUGAUAUUUUGCCCCAACAUUUGUAAGUUUGACCAAUAAACAGAAUGAAUCUUUAAUAUCAGAAAUACUGUGAAUGAAAAUUGCCAAAUGACUUAGUAUAUUCUAACAUCACUACAACACUUUACCUCCCUGUCUUUAAUGGUUUCUAAUAAUAUGACCAAGUUGAAUUGAGCUUGAUUCCUUUGAAGAAGAUUGUGGAGAAGGCUGGGUUGGAAUGUCAAAUUCCAAAGACUGUUAUAAGUUGGUUUGAAAAUGCUAAGUGAAAAAUUAUGAUUUGCCUAAGUAAAAUACAACAAAUCCAUAUGUAUAUUUCACUUUUUUCUACUUGAAAACAUGUAUAUAUUUUGUUUAAUCUCAGAUGUAUUUAAAAGAGUAAAAAACAAUUGUAUCAAAAUUCUUCAAUAA